UAAUAGUGAGACCAUAGUAAGUCUAUAUGGGCAUGUUUCCGGGAAAGUGUUGGAAGCUUUCUGUCUUAAUGUUGGCAAGUAUUAGAACAGCACCGCAACGCACAAUUAUUGCAAUAAACUGCUUCAUUUUAUAACGCGCAGAACGAGAAAUUUGCACAAAAUCGGGAGGUCUUUAUUUUACUUUUUAAAAUGAUGGUGGCUCAGACAACAGGUGGCUUGAUUUUGCACAGUAAAUGAAAAGGCAUUGACCAUAUAAAGGACAACAGCCGUGGACAAUCUGUUAUAUAUAUUUUUACUAGAUUGAAAGGUAUGGCUUGUAAAGGGCAGCUAGGUGUUGAAGCAAUCUAUCACUCGGAAAGCAAAUACCUGAAGCCCGACAUUACACUGGAUGAGAUUAUUCUCAGUGGCUGUAUACAUGAGAUUCGGAAACUCCUUGUCUGACGUAUGUGGUGGAAAUAACCACUAAGCAGCAUUUCUUGCAGCUGCAAUACGCGGAAAGCAACAUCCAGCUGCUUGAGAUGAAUGGCUGGUUUCCCCCGAGUGUCAAGGUAAUUGUAAACUGUGAACACCUGAAGGAUCUGAUCUUUGAGGAGGGCGACUCUGCUUGGAAUUAAGCAUCGCCCAAACCGCAUCUGUUAAUAAUAUGUGCAGCAGCAGCAGCAGCGUGACAUCACUGCACACCCUGGUCCGUAUCCUCGGAGAAAUCAUUCUCUGGUGACUGGUUGCCAUGGAAAUCCACCUUUAUUGAAAGGCUCAAAAGCCCGGAGUCUCAUCCUAGGGAAAAAAACGGACGUGGCAAGACAGUUGCAAGGAGAAGAUUCAAUAAGGCAUCUGUUGAACCUGGAGACUGUAUUAGAUACACGCUUCGGGCGCUGUAUAGGCUGAGCCUUACGUUUUCCACUGUUUUGCUGCUAAUAAAGUGGAUGGACAACGGGAGCUGUCCAUGGUCUAAAGAGUGACUAGAUUGUGUGAGCUGUCCAUGGUCUGAAGAGUCUUACGGCGUGAUUCUGAUCGCUGAAGCCUAAAUGCCCAGGGGUUUUGCUCAUUGCAGGUAAAUGUUGAAGACACUACCGAAAUGUUACCAAAAUCAAGAAGAGCUCUUACUAUUCAAGAAAUUGCAGCAUUAGCAAGGUCUUCUUUACAUGGUAUAUCCCAGGUGGUGAAGGACCAUGUGACCAAACCUACAGCGAUGGCUCAGGGUCGGGUGGCUCAUCUCAUUGAAUGGAAAGGAUGGUGCAAGCCAAUGGACUCCCCAUUAGCACUGGAGAGUGAUUUUAAUUCAUACUCAGAUUUAACUGAGGGUGAGCAGGAAGCCCGAUUUGCAGCAGGUGUAGCAGAACAGUUUGCCAUCGCUGAAGCCAAGCUGCGUGCAUGGUCAUCAAUAGAUGGUGAUGACUCCAAUGACGAUUCCUAUGAUGAAGACUUCCUCUUAGCCAAUGACUCCACCCAACCAGCCGAUGUUGCAGUACAACGGCCAUCUGCAAAUUACCUGACUGAUUUCCUUCACAGUCACCUGUGCCAACUAACUGUGAGACAGAGUUCAUGUGAACAGGAAAGUGACUCCUCCCAGACUGUCUCUCCAGAGACAAUUUGUUCCAGUCUCUGCAGCCUGGAAGAUCACCCACUUCUUAAGGAGCUGGGACCCCCAAGUGAGCUUGCUGCAAAACUGUUUGGCUCUGGCCCUUUGGCCAGACAGUUGAUCUCCAAGUUACAGCUAGGUGGAGAAAGUGCCUUUAGAAAUCUUGGACAGCUAAUCUGUGAAGACUCUUCUUACUCUGUAUCAUACACAGAGUCAUGUUUCUCUCCAGAAGAAGAUGACCUUCCCUGUAAGGAUUAUCAAACAGUGUGUGCUGAGCAGGAGGUUGGUUAUGAAGGGAGGAGAAAAGUUUCUGAUGUUGCAUCUUCUGGAAUAGUGUCUUUGGAAGAAAAUGAAGAGGAGGAAGAAGAGGAAGCUGAAGUGGAAUGAUCUCAUUGUGAAACCAUGGCAUGCUUCACUCUUAACCCCUCCCUCAUUGGUAUUUGUUCUUGAGGCAUCCGACCUGCAUCGUGUUCUGUUGGGGCUGGCUAAUGCAGACCUCUGCACCACCAUUGCCUGAGGUUCGGUGCAGAGGGUCCUGGUGCAUCACAGGUUUUAUUGCAUGACCUAUUAAGUGCAGAUUGGAGUAGUUUGCUGAAAUGUUCUGAGCAUGGUUUUGUCUGUCCAGCUUUUGAGAACAUGUGAUGAAACCCCUGGACAUAGAUUUUGUUCUGAAAACAGACAAAGAACCCUUCCUUUCAUACUGGCAUGGCUUGAGUGCAGAUUAAAAGGCCAAACUGAUAAUCAUAACUGAAAUUUGAACAAAUAUUCAACUGCUGGAAUGUUUUUAAACUGACACAUCCUGUCUUUUUAAAAUAUUUCACAUUGCAAAAAAUGUUCUAUGCUUUUAUUGUACUAGUUUUAUACCAUUCAGCAUAUUAUUAUAUCCUAAUACAAGAAAUCGUUUUUGAAGUUCUUAUAUGAAGAUGUCCAGGUGUCAGAGAGACAGCAGUCUUUUAAAACCCCUCACCUGAUGUAAACUUACUUCUUGGAGAAGAUAGCUUUCACUGAUGCAGUAAAGCAGCAGUGCAUUACCUUUAAACAUUUUCUAUAUUUUUGUAUCUGUGUCUCCAUUUUGUGCUCCUUUGCUGUCUUGUGGUUGCACGGGCUUUUAAUUGCUGUUGCAGUAAAGCAUUUUCUUUUUUUUUUUUUAAUUUCAGGGGUUGUAUUUCUUUUUCUUCUUUGCUGGUAUCUCUGUGUGGUUUGGCUUACAUAUGAAAAUGAUGUGAUUUUUUUUCACUGUUCAAGAGCUGGUCCUUGUCUUGCAAACUUAGAGGAAGAUUAUACAAAUAUUUUACAAUAUUUCACUGGUUAUGUGACCAGUAAUCUCUUCCUGAAUCAGAAGUAGAAAGAACAGGCAAGUUACAAUAGAUGUUUCUGCUUUUAUAUUUAUAGAUAUAUGUCAAAUGGAUUGUCACUAAGAUGGCAAGAAGAGGACACAUUCCUGGGAAAAUGUAGUCUUGGCAGACACAAAUUUAUACUUCACAAUACUUAAAGACAAACAGAAUGCCAUGUCAUUCCAGUCACUUAAAAUGAUGAUUGCUGUUCUGUCCCCUUUAUCUUACUGUACAGAUUUACAGAGUUACAAAUACCGCAAGUUAGGAGUAAAACUCUUUGUUAUGCAAGCUGUAUACAGUUGUCUAACAUGACUGUUGCUUUGUUGUGGAAGGUUAGCAACAGCUUAGCUCUUACCAGGAGAAAGGUAGCAUCUGCAAGCAGGAAAACAUUGGAAAGAAGUAUUUCGCUUCUAAAUGACUGAAAUGUUUUCUGACUCGUGUGCAACAGAAUGUAUAUCCCUGCUUAGAGCAGUUUGCAAAAAAGGACAAAAUACAUACAUCCACCAGCAUUUCACUCUUAUGCUUUGAAGAAGAAGGAAAGGUUUUCUUUUUUUAAUAAAUCACCUUGUGUGUGUCUAACCA